GCUAAUUCUUUCAUAGGGAUGAAAAUUUGUCCCAUUCACUUGGACACCAGGAUCAUUUUCUACUUGGGAUUCCUUCUGUGUCAAAAUAAUGCUCUAAUAGACUCAGAGUUUAACACUCUUAAAUUCAGAAAGCUGUAAACUGGAACAAGAUGAUUGGUAUGUUAAAACAUCUUAAACAAGUGGUCAGGUAAGAUGAUCUCUUAGGAAUAAUUUUACAUAAAGUUCCCAAACAACUUGCAUGAUGUAAAAAAUCACACGGCUUUCGUGGCCUUUUCUAGAAAGGGCAUAGUCACUUUCCAAGAUGCAAUGGUCUCUCCUGUCACUUGGAGGAGUUUGACAGCUGGCAGUCAAACUUGAUUACCAGCUGAAAUUCCUCGUGGGGAUCACAAUGUUAUCCUUGAACCCAAACAUGGCCAGUCACUGACAGAAUAGUUAGGUGGAGCUGACUAUCCCAUAAAAAAAGCAGACAGAGGCUUCUCAUGAGAGAAAGAGGGAAAGGUAUGCAGAACUGUCAGCCACAUGUACACAGGCAGGCUGGAGAGCUCACACCGGCCCAGUGGAAGUCAGGUGCUGAUAUUUCAGUUAAAAAACAUUUGGUGUUGCAGGUAACAUCUUGUAACGCCGUUAUUCCCAUCGCUGGUAGGGAGAAAUUUCUACUGCUGCUCCACCACACGAAGAUGUUCUGGGAUUAACAGAGUGAGUCAUCAGGGAAGGAUGUGUCCCAGCCCAACGACACUGUUAGAGUCGGCAGGCACUUCAGUGUAAUCUGUUGUCACACAUGGCUUUUCUCAGGGUCCUCCUGGGUUUCUUCCUAAUUGCUGAAUCAACAGCUCUGCAGCAGGAUGUGCAGGUGAAGUUUGGAGCAGACGUCACUCUCCAGUGUCAGAUUUCCACAGAUGAAAUAAUCUCAGUGCUAAAGUGGAGCAGAGCUGACCUGAACACAGACGGCUACGUCUACUUCUACAGGAACAAACGAUUCUAUGAAAACUACCAACAUCCAUCUUUUCAUGGCCGAGUGAAGCUAAGGGACCCGGAGAUGAAGGAUGGAGACGUUUCUGUGAUCCUGAAGAACGUCACGUUUAAUGACACUGGGAUGUAUGAGUGUCACAUAGCUGUGAGGAACCCUGUGAGAAAUAAAAGAGCUCACACUGAGAUCAGUCACUUCAUCAACCUCACAGUCACAGGUGAGUCUCUUCCCCAGCCUGGAAAUUGCAGCACUUGCUCACUUUAAGAAGAAUUUUCUGUACUUGUGUGAUAUAGUAAAUGACCAACCAAUAUGUGUGUAGGUAAAAUAACUCACCCACUGUCCCCUCUGCUCACUUCUACUCCGAUGGCGAGUGUGAAGGGUAAAGUCAUAGCAAUCUUCUUCUUUCAGGUGCUCCCUUUUGGGCUUGAUACAGAAUCUCACUCUGAUCAUCUUUAGCAUCCUCUUCUGUCACACCAACCCUCUAUAUGUCCUGCUUCAUUACAUCCAUGAAUAUUCUCUGGACAU